AUGCAUCUCUCUCCAGAAUGGGCGGAAUAUGCUAAAGCGACACCCCUGCCGGACCUUCAGGUCCCAACAACUGCGACCGAAGCCCAGGCCAUCCGUGGCUUCAUGGCGCAAUUCGAGGACCAAAUGAUGGCCACUGCAGACAAUACUGGACUGAGCGUAAGAGUAGUCUCGAUUCCUACAAGGGAUUCCCACAAGUUGCGGGCCUUAGUUUAUACGCCGGACGGUCCUGGGCAGUAUCCAGUGGUUCUAUACAUGCAUGGUGGCGGAUGGGUGUUGGGAAGACCAGAGACGGAUGAUAAGUCGGUUCGAGGAGUGUGUCGAAAAGCGAAGGUACUGGUCGUUUCCCUGGACUAUCGAUUAGCACCAGAGAAUCCCUGGCCCACCCCAGUGAAUGAUUGUGUUGAUGGAUUGAAGUGGGUCUUCGAAAACGCUCCCAGCAUACGGGGCGACGUAUCCAGAGGUGUCAUUGUGAGCGGCUUUUCCGCUGGGGGACAUCUCGCUGCUACCCUUGCCCUUCGCGCACUCAAGCGCAAGGUUCUGAUACCGAUUCGCGGAGUUGUGCUUCGGGCACCAAUGCUCAGUGAUUGGCGUGCGCUUUCAGCAUCGGAAGCCAGCGCUCUGAAAUCCCUCGAGGAAAACGCGCACGCGCCGGUCAUCAACACGGACAGCCUGAAACAGAUGAUAGCCAUUUACAAUGUUCCAGGAGACCGACUCCGAGAUCCUGAAGAGUUUCCCCUUCACUUGAGUGUCGAAGCUGCGAAAGGAUUUCCGCCCACAUUCAUUCAAGUAUCCCAAGCUGAUCCGCUUCGAGACGAAGGUCUUCUUUUUAAUCAAACGUUGAAAAAUGCAAGUGUUAAUACUCGGCUACACUACUACGAGGGGAUGCCUCAUGGGUUCCAUAUGCAUAACAUACCUACCGCAACUAAAGCGGAGGAGGAUUUAGCUGAUGGAUUUGAAUGGAUUCUUGACUUUGGCAAACCGGCUUGCUGA